ACGUUCUAAAUUUGGAAAUUCUAAUAACACGCCAUUGCAUGUAACGUUGUAACCGAGGUACCUUAAAAACGCUGUAAUACUUUUAAUUUUACAUUAUAUUGGGAGAAAAUGGCAACGGCAGACUGGGAUGAAGUUACAUAUAUAAGAAAGAAGCAACCAAAAGCCAGUCAACUGCGUUCUCAGCAGGCUAUUAACUCAGCCCAAAGACAAGGAUUAUCUGUAGAAACUACCAAGAAAUAUGACGGAGGCCAUAAUAGGCAACUUAAGGGAGACAAAAACACAGCCAAACUGGACCGUGAAACAGAAGAACUUCACCAUGAUACUGUGGGAAUGGAUGUGUCCAAACUGAUCCAGUAUGGGCGUAAUCAGAAGAAGCUUUCUCAGAAGGAUCUGGCCACGAAAAUUAAUGAAAAAACUCAAAUCGUCACAGAAUAUGAGAAUGGAAAGGCCAUUCCUAACCAACAGGUGCUGGCCAAAAUGGAGAGAAUCCUUGGCAUAAAAUUACGUGGCAAAGACAAAGGCCAACCGUUGGGGGGCCCCAAAUAGUGAGGAUAUAUUUCUGGGGCCCCUGCUAUGGAGAUGGAAGUGGUAGUUAACUGUCAGAGCAAAAGCAGAGUUAUUCUCAAGUUUAAUGGUUCUUUUUGUAUUCAUAUGCUUCUUCACUGUUAACAUUGCUAGCACACAGUCCAGGGAAAAGGAAAUCAAAAGAUCCAGGCCAAAUUGCCACUCUGCAGUUUCUAUUGUUCAUAAACAAGGUUGAUGGUUUAUUUUAAUAUUACCAGUUGAGUUUUGAAUUUUUUCCAUUUUCGACGGUUUUAUAUGCAUUGCGUUUAAAUGCUUGGGUUGAUGGGUUAUUUCAGUAUUCAAAAUUACCACAUCCAGUGUCUGUUUUGUAGCAUUUAUUUUCCAUUUUACAAUCGGACUUUGUUUAACAUCUGUGUAUUAAUGAAUGGAAUAAACCUUUUGACAUUUA